CUAAGCAACAAAGCGCAGUUUUAUUCCUAUUUCCACUUCAGUUGAAAUCACCGUACAAUCUGCUCCCCGUGGAUAAGACAAACGCAAAGUGCGCCGAUACUAUAUGUGAUCAGGAUGGCAUACUUCAAAAUUAUGUAUUUGAUUGUAAUAUUUGAUCAUUUCACACUGCGAGGAUUUGGCCAGGACUCGUCUUCUGGAAAUUAUAUAGAUUACCGCAGAUCGAAAAACCAUUUAUCAAAGGAUAAAUCGCAUCAUUUACAAGCCGAUGUAGUGGAAAGCCCGUCAUUCCCAAAACGUUCAAGGAUUAUUUAUUCUGAAACGGGUCCUACUGUAAAUGGCCCGCCGUCAGCAGUAUAUCCGGAUUUAAUGAAUAAUCAGACUCAUUUUCGUCAGGUUAAAUACGCAAAUGAGACAAAACGCAUUGCGUUGCCGUUCCAAGCAACGGAUAGGGAAUUAGUUUCAGAGCAGUUUUCUUCAGAGACGGGACGUUUGAUUUUUACCACAGACACAUCCUUACCAAAGUCGGAUAUUUGCAAUUAUCUAGAAAAAGAUGAUAGAGCGGACUUGAAAACUUCCAGAGAUUUAGAUUUUAUUAAACCACGAAGACAGCGGCUGACAGAUCUUCAGAGUUUCAUCUGCUAUAUAAAGCAAUCGCAACGUAACAACGUAGACAAAUCAAACCGUGCUAAUUAUCUUCAAUCUAAAUCGCCAUUAGUUCUGGAAGUUGACGGAUUGGAUGACACAAUCGAAGUAGUUUCUAUUGAACGAAAUGCAAAUCUAACAAGAAAUCGCAGAGAUGCAGGUCGAUAUUUCGAAAUUUCAAGUCCGGAUAAUGAAGUUAUAUAUUUGAACAGCAAUAGUGCAAAAGACGCAAAUUCCAAUUUAGUUAAUUACGAUACCUCCGAUUAUGUAGAUAGUGAUCGUGACAACGUAUUAUUGCCAGAAGAGUUGGAACAGGAACACAACCAAUCAUUUAACGACAUACACUCACUUCAUAAGCAUCUUCAUUUAAUUCUGGCCGGUUCAAUGAAUUCUAACAGCACAGAUGCGUUACCUAACAUGACAUUUAACGCGGAGCAGUGUAUCGUUUGGUUCAACAGGUAUUACCAACAACAUCCCACCGCUGCACCGGAUGAUGAAACUCUGUACUGUAACACGUCGUGGAACAGCGUGUCAUGUUGGCCUCGUACCCCUGCCGGCACAGUCGCCUCCAUCCCAUGCCCCUCUUACCUGAUCGGGAUAAACCACGACAACAAUGCCACUCGAGAGUGCUAUCCUAACGGGACGUGGGCUGCAAAAACUGUCUACGACCUUUGUGUACCAAACGAAAGUCAUUCCUCCUAUCAUCACGAGGACACUCUGGACACAGCCGAGAGGGUUAUUUACAAUGUUGGAUACACCAUAUCCACACUUGCACUCGGAAUAGCGUUGUUUAUAUUCCUAUUCUUCAGGAGUCUUCGUUGCCUUAGGAACUCGAUCCACUGUCACCUGAUAGUAAGCUUCAUAGCAAAGAAUCUCAUGUGGAUUAUCAUGCGACAUUCUUUAGUCCACCUGCAAUUUAAGUGGGUUUGUAAAUUGAUGACCAGUCUUUUCAACUUCCUCCACGCCACUAAUUUCUUCUGGAUGUUCGUCGAGGGCAUGUACCUGCACGUGAUCAUCGUGUGGACAUUCUCUGCAGACAAGAUCCGUCUUUCCUACCUUCUGUGUAUCGGGUGGGGUAUUCCUGCAGUGAACAUGAUUGCGUGGAUAAUUGUGCGCAAGUUAUUAGCAGACGACGAUUGUUGGUUACCAGACCAGACGAAGACCGAGAAAUAUGACUACGUUUAUAUGGCCCCCAUCUUGUUCGUCUUGUGCUUAAACAUCAUUUUCAUGGCGACAAUAGUGUGGGUUUUGAUAACAAAGCUGCGGGCGUCACAUACAUUAGAAACACGCCAAUAUAGAAAAGCGGUUAAAGCAACCAUCAUUUUGUUUCCUCUACUUGGAAUCACGUAUGUGUUCUUCAUUAUGCCGCCAGUAAAUCACCCAACUGUGGAAACAGUUUUCAAGCUCAUCAACGCCAUUUUGCAGUCGUUUCAGGGGCUCUUAGUGGCGUUCUUCUAUUGCUUCUUGAAUGGGGAGGUGAAAGGUGUGCUUAAAAAGAAGAUUUCAAGGUUGAAUGAUGCCAGAUCGUUAAGCACAAAAUUCACAAGGACUUCAUAUGGCGGCUGGACACGGAACAGUGAGUACGGGCAUACGGCGGUGACCAUGGCAAACGGGGCAAUGGAGGGCGGCAGCGCCCUCUACCCGGGGACGGCUAAGGCAGUGUUUACUGAAAGCAUACCAUUGACGGACACAAACGGGGCGUCUUCAAAUAUUGAAUGCUGAUGAGCGUUUCCUUGUGUUCAAGUGAAACAUUUUGUAAAAUACGUAAACCUUAAUGGGGGCUUGGAUAUCGAAUAUUGAAAGCUGAUAUGUGUUUCCUGGUGUUCAAGGCCGAAAUAUUGUAUAAGCGGUUCUAUGAUCCGAUCUUAAGAAACUUAAAUAUGUUAAUCUUAAUAAGGACGUGUUGUACAUGCAUGUACACCGGUAGACUACAGGAAAUAAGGACACCAUUGAGUAAACAAGCGCCACCUUUAUACGUUUGAUGUGUUCAUACAAGGAAAUGUUUCUGAUUUUGUGUGAAAACCAAAUUUACGAUAGUAAUGAGACAUUGUUUAGAUAUUUAUUUAAGCAGGUCCAAGGAACAAGACUUCGAUACUAUGCCAGGAAUCCAAAGACUGAUACAAACCGGAAGUAGAACGUAUCAUAAUUGACUUUUCUUGUUGUUACUAAAGGUCUGUAUUUUCCCAUCCAUGGCAUCUGUGAAAUAUCUUCUGUCUGAAAUAAUCGCAAGCCUCGUCAUUAAGUUCAACAAGCAUGACGUUGAACGUUAAAUAGUUUAUUCCAAUCGGUUGUUUACCGUUGACAUUAAACGCGUUGAAACACGCAUACUAUGUGUAUUAUACACGUUGACACUCGUCUUUUUCAGCCAUGUCCAAUGUCAACGCUGAUGCCAUCAAAUAUAUAAGUAACAUGACUAUAAUUAUGAUUGUUUAUGAACAUAAAGAACUCGAUCCCAAAAUAUUGCUAUCAUCGUACAAUGAAUUUCGGCCCACCCGAUUCCACAAGUGCGCAAGCGUGAAACGGUACUUCGUGUUGAUGUAAUUAAUUUGAUACAGUUGACUUCUACCGCUUAACUUUGUCGCAGCCGCUUAAAAUGUUCCCGGAUACAAUGCUUUAUAAUUAUGUAAAUACAUGUAUUCUUGAAUUUGUAUUAGAUCGAGUCAUAGGUUUUAAACAACCACGAAACUUCUUAUUAACCCAUUUAUGCCUAGAGGACUCUCUCAUCCUUCUAAACUGGAUCAAUUUAUUUCCAAAAUUAGGGAUGUCUAGUAUAUUUAUUUCUAUAUUAAAAAUUUGCUUCCUUUAAGCAAACAGCGCAUACCUUGAUGAGACGCCGAAUCAUGCGGCGUCUCGUCUGGGUCUACGCUGUUUGCCAAGGCCUUUUUUUCUAGACGCUAGGCACAAAUGGAUUAAUGAUUAUCCUGUUUUUGAAAAUAUUGUACCGUAUAAGCCGGCAAUAUUCCCCUUUUAUAAUAUGCGUUCUCUGAAUAGAUUAAUGCAUAACUUUAUUUCUUUUAUUGUACGGCUCUGUUCAACAGAACUAUUUAACUCCAUAACUUUCGCGAAAGUGAUUGUAAACGACUAUUAUAGUUUGGUAAUGUAUGACAUGAUGACACAUUGAUUAUUUUAUUGUAAAAAGUGUUGUGUAAAUAAACUGUGGCACCUUC